CAAAAUGUUGGCGCUGCCCAACAACACAGCCCUGAACCUGCUCCUGUCCAAACUGCUCCAGGACUGCCUGGAACAGAACAACAGCUCAACACCUGCCAAGGUGAGGAGCACCAGCAACAACCUGGAGAUCAUCUACGUGCUGCUCAUGCUGGGGCUGCUGGGUUUCUUCACCGUGGGGGUGAUGGUGACAAACCUGAGGGCGCGGCGCCUCGAGGGUCCCCGUGACCCCUACAACACCUACAUCGCCUGUGACACCUGGAGCCGCCAGGACAGGCUCUACUGCCAGGCCAAAAUCCUGCAGAGCUGCAAACUCUGCUGUGUCCUGGAGAACCAGCUGGCAGUGGAGCAGCCAGGCAGCAAGAUCCCUGAGGAGAAAUCUCCAUAGGGGAAAGGGGUUUU